CAUUUUGGGGGUCGUAAACGCAGAGCACAAAAACCGAGCCAAAGAAAAAAGGGGUAAUAACCGACGAUAAGAUGAUAAAGUUUUUCGCACUAGAAAUUGAUAAAUAUUUACCCGGUUGUCAAGUGAGAUCUGUGAAACGGAGGCAAUCAUUUCCUACACGCCUCACGAGCCUGUUUGUUUACAAUCAGAAAAAUCUUACCCGCAAUUUACUCAACUGAUUUACUGCACAUAUAUACAUAAAUGUAUACUUAUAUUUCCCGAAAGCUGCCGAUUCGAGUCGUCUUUUCUCGAUCUUGGCACUACCAACAGCGAUCGAUUCAAGCUGAGCUCUCAGUUCAAGUGGCCAGCUCAGUCGAUUGGGUUGUCUGGCGGAGGCAGCACACCUCGAUGUGGAAAGCAUAUGUAUCUGGAUCGCCAGUUGGAUAAACACGCUAUAAUCUAAACAGUUGGCACCAUGUUUACGCGUGCGGGGAAAGCACCGAAGCCAUAGGGCAGCAAGUGAAAGGGGCGCACUUCCGAGAGUAUUUAUUUUCAAGAUCGCCAUUUUGGGGGCAGUAAACGGGGACUUUUCUGCAGCUAUCUCAAGUGUGCUCGCUCGCUCGUCAAGCAAUUUGAAGUUCAAUAAAAGCAAUAAUAUUUGAAGCCUUGUUAGGUACGAAGGCGUUAUAACGCCAAAUCGUGUGUGUUAUCAGAUAUGCCACGGCGCAGUUACAACGCACACAGAAGUGGAGAAAUGGUGCUAGCCCAAAACAAAAAACCCCCCCAUAUAACAUAACACAUAACCCAUCCAAACUGUUACCACCUGCAGCUACUAUCUAGCACGCGUUUAAUACCGCCACUAAAGCCCCGUCGACGAAAAAAUCACCGAUGCCAGAUGUUUUAUCUUGUAUCUAGAUCAGAUCGAGGCGUUCCUUUGUUGUUUUUCGUGUUCGGGGUCGAAAUAUGUGAACGAUAUGUACACGCGUUCUGACAGAUAAUUAAACCAUUUUGAUGGGGCAUUAAAAUGAAUCUAUAUUGCAAAAGCGUCAAAUGAAGAGAUAAUGAAUUAUUUAUAAUGGGACAUUUUUAGUUAUCCAAUUUAGAAAAUUCAUUUUCAAUCUAAUUAUUCCUAAAAAUAAACACCAAAAAUGUACAACUGCUAAAUAGUUAACUUUUCUCAUAGCCGAAGUAAAUAUUAAAAGGUAGGUCCACUCCAAAUAUUUAUCUUACUGUUCGUAAAUUGCCAUUCACGACGUUUUACAUUAAAAUCAUUUUGCAUUAUUAUAUUUUAUAAAUAUUUAUUGCUUACAAGUUCGUUACAAAAACAAUAUUACUCCGAAAUCGAAUGUUUUAACUACAUUAAUCAAUAUUCUUUCUAAUAUAAAAACGAAAAUAAAUAUAGUGUACAGCGAUCUUGAAACGUAACUAAGCGCACCCUUAAGGUCCACUUUAACAUAACAUAUGUACGUUACUAACCAUUCAAAGUUUGUUAUAAACAAAAAAGGUCAUCUCUAUUUAAAAGCUAUAAAUGUGAGCUUUUCUUGUGGUUUAUUUCAUAAGUAAACAAAUAAAAACGUUUCCCACAAUGAAAUCGUACUUCAUUAUAAUUUAAUCACAUUAGUCAAUCGGAAGUAAAAAUUCAAACUAACAUGAGUAAAAACUCGAAUGUUUUGACCAUCGGAACUGAGAGCACUGAAGUUUUAAAAGAACCAGCGAAUCCAACGAUUCCUAAACAGUUUUGUGGGACGGAUUUAGAAAAGCAUUUGCAGAAAAUUCUACUUAAUGGCGCUAAACCAUUGACAUAUAUUUAUAAUGAACAAUCAGUCCAAUCAUUUUCGGCGAAGGAAAUUAAGAAAAACGGGUACUACUACGAGUUCGGUCCGGGAGAUAAGAUAAAUGGAUGGAUGUGUAGAGGUACCACUUUCGAACCCAAGGGUAUUCUACUCCGACUUAAGAAUGUAAUCAGCAAGGAGCACUGGAUAUCUGAUAAUGUGGCUAAGUAUCCAAAGGAUUCAAGAGACUUUAUAAUCGAGACUACAUUCAACGCUUUGGACGAGGAAACAUCAGAUAUUUACUCGUAUUUGUGUUAUCUAAAUGAAACUUCCAAGAGGAGGUGA